AACAAUUUGAAGCAAAGAUACAUAACAAUGCGUCUCCCAGCUACGCAUAAACCAAUUCAAGAGAGAAUUGACGUUUGUGCCUGAACCAUUUUUUGCCGCGCACUAUGUCCGACGUCAACCAACCACGCAGCGCUGGGCAGGGUCCAAAAUCGGCUUCGUCCCGGGGUGUUUCUCCCCACAACGCAAACAAUGCACAAACACGAACUACACCCGCUCUAGAUGCCGAAGAGCCCAGCGAAGAUGAUCUUUCAAUCAGAGGCGAAAGUGUCGCGUCAUCAAGUAUCAGUGUGACCAGCUCCGUUCUUCAGUUUCGGACAGAGAAUGGGCGAACAUACCAUGGCUACAAAGACGGCAAAUAUCUCAUGCCCAACGAUGAGAGGGAAAGUGAACGAUUGGACAUUCAACACAACAUGUUCAUCCUCACUUUCGAUAACCAAUUGGGAAGUGCCCCAAUAAACGCGAAAGACACCAAAAUCAAGGCGGAUCGAGUACUUGAUGUCGGCACAGGUACCGGUAUCUGGGCGAUGGAUUUUGCAGAUGAACAUCCAGAAUCCGAGGUUCUCGGUGUUGACCUCUCGCCCAAUCAGCCAACCUUUGUUCCCCCUAACGUGAGAUUCGAGAUUGAUGAUAUCGAGGAGCCGUGGAAUUUCUCGCAACCCUUUGAUUACAUUCACAGUCGUCUGAUGACAGCAUGCAUUGGUGACUGGAAGCAGUACAUACAGAAAUGUUUCGACAACUUGAACCCCAACGGAUAUCUUGAGCUCAACGAAGUCGACUUGUACGGCAAGUCAGACGACGGUACACUCGCCGACGAUUGCGCCAUACACAGGUUCUCAAAGCUGUGGGGCGAAGCGGCGGUCAAAUUUGGGCAUGCAUUCCAGGACAACUCGACUCUUAAGGACCUCAUGACCGAGGCCGGGUUUGUUGACAUCAAAGUGCAGUUAUUCAAGUGGCCUACCAACCCGUGGCCUCAGGAUGCAAAACAUAAAGAGCUUGGGUACUGGAACCUCGAUAACACUAUUGCUGGGCUCGAAGGUUUCAUGCUAGGUCCUUUGACGAGAGCCCAUGACUGGAGCAAAGACGAGGUUACAGUCUUUGCAAUGGAAGUCCGCAACGAGAUGAAGAAUCCGCGCAUUCAUGCUUACCAGACCAUCUGGUCUGUAUACGGUAGAAAGCCUGCUGCGGAGGACGUUGCGGCCAACUGAUUUAUCAAUGGUUAAUUGAAUCUGGACUUGCCUUGUGGUGGUAGGCAAUGUGGUCUAGUGAUGGAGAUGGCUGCUAGGAUAGCAUUUAAUGGAGAGUAGCCAUCACGCGCGUCCAUUCUUCUCAGGACCUGUGUUGACUUGCGUACUCACAUGCUCUUCUAGCCAAGAAUACAAACCAGGAAUGUUUUGAUCUUA